AUGGGCCUAAUAGGUAUUGGAAUCCUUUUUGCAUUGCACAUUGCGGGUGUGAACGCGUAUUUUGUAUCGUUGCAAUGUGAUAUUUUCCAACAAAUAACCGGUAUUGAUACCGUUGUAUACUACAACCCUACUAUAUUUAAAGAUGCCGGGAUCCAAAGUAACUCCGAGCUUCUUGCUGCCACAGUUGCUGUCGGGUUUACAAAAACUUCCACGAUCCUAAUUGCGAUAUUUCUCAUUGAUCAUCUCGGUAGAAAGCCUCUGCUUUAUAUAAGCACAAUCGGGAUGACGACAUGUUUGUUAGGGCUUAGUUUGAGCUUAGCGUUCCUUGAGCAUGAACCAAUCGGUAUCAGAUUGGCUCUGCUGUUUGUUUGUGGAAAUGUGACAUUCUUUUCUGUGGGAAUCGGUCCUAUAUGCUGGUUUUUGUCCUCAGAAAUUUUCCCACUAAGGCUUCGAGCUCAGGCAUCCGGUCUUGGGGCUGUAGGAAGUAGGGUUAGCAGUGGCCUUAUCUCGAUGUCCUUCCUGUUUUAA